AUGGGAUACCGAGGAGUUUCCGCUAGUGCUGGUGUUUCCGGCCGGCGGACAUCCAGGGCAUCCCGGACUGAUCCAAGCGCAAAGGUGGUGGAGGGCCUCCGUAGCUUGACCGAGACCAGCUCACCAACUGAGCAGAAGGUGUAUACCUUUGUCGAGAAGUGGUACACUCAGUGGAUGGACGUGGUCAGCGGCACGCUGCUUUGCCUCAACUGCAUGUUGCUCGUGCUGGAGCUGGAGGCAGAUGGCAGAGUGGCAGGUUCCGAAGCUGGGAUACUUUUCGCUUCUGUUGAAAGCCUGACCAGAGUCCGGACAGCCUGCUUGGCAAUGGAUGGGGUGUUUGAUUUGUUUGUUGUUUUCGAGCUGCUUCUGCGAAUUUCCGUUGAACGUGGAAAGUUCCUGCAGAACACAGCUAAUGCCUUCGACAGCUUACUAGCCUUGGGUGGGCUGGUGGACUUGGGCGUUCUUGUCCUCGUGUACUCCGCAAACGCGAUUCCACGGGACUCUGUCGAUCUGCAUAUGUUUAGAGCCUUUAAUGCGCUCCGCUUUGUUCGAUUACUGCGUGUCUUCGAGCCGUGCCAAGGUCUUCACGUUCUGCUGAGAGCCUGCCAAUCAUUUGUGAAGUCCUUGUUCGAGUCGAUGAUGUUGUUGACAGUUUUCAUGCUGACGCUUGCGGUGGCCUUGGGGAAUCUAUUACAGGGCUUCAUAGGAGAUGCUACAGCAGACUUCGAUGACCGCCUUUGGGUGUGGUGGCAGUAUGGCACUGCGUACCGGUCCUUUCUGACGGUUUUUGAGCUGACAUUUGCAGGCAAGAAGUGCUUGAUUCUCUUCAUGGUCCAUAUUAUGUAUCUUUUGCACAGGGGCCCAGAGGUUGGCGAGGAGGUUGACGAUACGAUGGAUGCCGCGCACUCUGAUGCAGAACUUCUGGUGUCCCAGGGACUCAAGAAGAAGGCUGAGUACAUCCGGAAGCUCGAAUCGAAUUUCCAGGCCAUCGAUAUGGAAGGUGACGGCAUGAUCACCCAGCAGCGCUUGGACGCAAUACUGGCCAUGCCAAAGGUCCAAGCUUACUUUCAGAGUUUGGAGGUGGACUUGCACGAGAGCACUGCGCUGUUCCACAUCCUUGAUGAUGGUGAUGGGAAGGUGUGGUGGACGAUGACAACGGUCAUUAGCAGCGUUGGAUGUGCUGUUGCAGCUCCACGAGUAGACAUUUGCGGGAGGCGAAAGCAGCAGUGGUGCCGGCGCUUCUGUGCAGAUGACAAGUUUGAUAACAAGGCAUUGGUGAUCCGUUCAAGUUUUUGCUCCGACUUGCCCAAAGCCAUGGCACAGCCAGAAACGGAAAAGCUACGCCUUGCGCAUGCUGUGGAAAGCGUCUUGCAGAGGGCCUUGACAAAGGAAGAUCUUGCCUACACCACCGUGGAGCACAUGGAUUCCCUGGAACAAUCCUUUACUUCCACGGUAGCCCUUCAGUUGCCUUCAGGCGAGAGCACUGCGCAAGGCACAGGAAGCUCCGAAGCAGAGGCAGAGCAAAGAGCUGCCCUGCAAAUGCUCCAGGUCCAGGGCUGGAGAGGCCCAGACUCAGAGGAGAUUCAAACUGCGCCCGGUGGUUCGGGCUAUCCUGACACUGGCACGGGAUCACCAUCAGUGGAGGAUGCACAGGUAGGCAAUGCAGACACGCGCACUGCCUCAAACGCUGUGGCCUCAGAGAACCGCCCGACAGAUUGCAAAGGAAUAUUGAACCAACUCAUGCAGAAGGUGUUGGGGCGGACACCGCACAAAUCAGACAUGGCAUUUGAUGCCAGGGAUGUUGCAGAAGGAUUCCAGUCAACACUAGCGCUGCAACUCAGCGCAACCUGUAGGCAGACCUUCAGUGGAGAGCCUGCGCGGACGAAGAAGGCAGCGGAACAAAAUGCUGCCUGGGCUGCAAUCUGCCAGUGCGCGGAACUGCAGAAACAUUGGGAGGGGGGAUCCUCAAGACCAGUUAGCAGCCAGACCACCUCGCGCCCGGCACAACACGGAGAGGACACGACAGAUGAUAUCCGGGUGACCCCAGCCGCACCACUGUCAGUGCCGCAGAGCUUUUCGCUUGAGAAGCCUGCCGAAGUAAGUCCAGUUCACGAAGCAGCACAGGAGACUCUGCCCGUGGCUUGUCAGCAGAUGGCUUCAAUUAGGGAGGGAAGAGCUCAGAUUACGGUUGGCCCAGCAGGCCAGUGGGAGCUUGAGAUGGAGGUGCGCAUCCCACAAGAUCUGGCUGAACUCACGGAGGCAGAAGUGGAGGAGCUGUGCCAGGGUCUGAAGUUUGGGAGUAAAGCCCGUCUUCGUGCCCUUCAUCGAGGCUGUCGGCGUGCGGUCUGA